AUGUACGAUAUACACAGAUUAGCCAAUUUUGAAGGACCCUUGUCUUACAAAAUUAAUAUAUCGAAGGAAGGAUCUGCUCUGAGUGAGUACGUGAGCAAUACCUUUGAUACCUCGCUAACGUGGGAGGACAUAAAGUGGCUAAAGAGCAUAACGCGGCUGCCGAUAAUCUUGAAAGGAAUUUUGACGGCAGAAGAUGCAAUUUUGGCAGUUAAGCACGAUGUCAGCGGAAUUGUAGUCUCUAAUCACGGUGCUCGUCAAAUCGAUGGCACUCCCGCAACGAUUGAGGUUUUGGCAGAAAUUGUUAAUGCAGUGGGUGACAAACUGGAGGUGUAUCUCGACGGUGGAAUUACUCAAGGGACCGAUGUUCUUAAAGCGUUAGGUUUAGGCGCGAAAAUGGUAUUUAUUGGGCGACUAAUGUUAUGGGGUUUGUCAUACAACGGCGAGAAAGGUGCCAGAGCUGUUCUCGAGAUGAUGAGAAAAGAGAUCGACAAGGCAUUUGCCCUAGCAGGUUGCGCAUCCGUAAAGGAUGUUUCGAGGGACAUGAUCGUCCAUGAAUCACGCCUUUGUACCCAUUCCUCUAAACUUUAACUUUUCCUCCGCUAACGAAACAUAAACGAUCUUCUCCAUCUUACUUGCCUUUGAAAAGCAUCUAUCUACAAUUGAGAAGGAAGUACAGGCCACUUUAUUGGAACGUCAAGCAAACGAUCUACACGUAUUCGGUACACGUAAGACCUAAUUAGGUGAUACUAUAUGAGCCGCUCAGUGCACACAUCGACUAACUCCACUUUUUCAAAAAUCUUAAAUUUAGGUGUCAAAGCACUUGGUAUAGUCAUAA